AUGCAAAAGAUUGUAAAGCUUGAGGCUCUUUUCCGCUCUUGUGAGGGCAGCCAGCAAGUGGCCAACCUCCUUCAAAAGAUCAAGAAGGUUACUUCUGAAUUCGAAGGCAAAACUGGGCACCCUUCGAUUAACUUUCAAGCCUCAGAAAAAAUUAAAUAUCCUGGCAGAAGAAAGGGUGGUGACGUCCCAAAUACCUUCCCAAAGACUUUGGUCGGGCAAACUGGAGGAAGAUCAGUGUUUUGUCUGGCCGGCCUUAAGGCAAUGGUUAGGUUAAGGGCUAGAACAAGAGAUGGAAAGCCUGCAGCUACACAAAAAACGAAAAACAAUAAAAAACAAAACAAAAGCAAAAAAGAGCCUCUCGACCUAAUCAAUGCCACAAAAGAAAUAGGGUUUAAAAGACCCGCUACAGCUCAAGAAGAUUACCAAUAUGACUAUUGCACCUCUGUUGGCAAGAGGAUAGUCAAUGACGUUAAGGGUAGGUUUAACCCUACUGCUGAUGGGUGGUGUGGUUUUCGGGUUCUUGCCCAUUUGAUCUAUAAAGAUCAAGAAAAGUUCCCUCUUGUGAAAAGAGAUAUGCUUGCUACCCUUCCAAAAUACAGCAGCAUUUACUCCAGUACGUUUGGAACCAAUGUCAAGCAAUUAGAAGACAUUAUAAAGCAUGGUUCUGAUCUCUGCAUCAUUAACACCAACUUCAUCCCAGCGUGUUUAGAUGCUAGUAUGUGGUUUAUCACAUCUGACUGUGCUCAACUAGCUGCGGACACAUAUACACAACCAGUCUGUGUCUACUCAGACAAUCCCAACACCCCUUUCGUAUUGUUCCUUCCCUUCACCCUUUCCAAAAACAUAUCAAAACAUCAACAACCUUUGAUUUUCAAUCAUGUUAACAAUAACCACUAG